CAAAUCCCAAGCAAUGGCGCCCGCUCUGCGCAUGGCGACCCGGUCUCGGCGCUUGCGUUGGUGCCUGGGCUCUCUGCUGAUCGCUUUGGGCUGCACCUUCGCUGGGAACGCUGCGAAGACUGCGGCGGGCUUGGCCUUCGCGGCAUCGGCUUCCGUCUUUGAGUCCUAUUUGGCGAAGUUGGCGUUGUCCCUUUCGCCCGGGCUGGCCGUAGCCGGUGGUGCUUAUGCUCUGUACAGAAGCAAAGAAAGUCAGCCCAAGCCAAUGUGGUACCUCUCCACGGCUCUCUUAGCGAUGGUUGCUCUGGCAGUGCCCUUGGUGAUGCCGGAGCUCCCAGCCAAAGAGGUGGUGCCGGAGAUUAAGUUGAAGAGCGGCGAGGAACGUUUGAUGCCCAACGGGAAGUUUGUUCUCGUCUCCGAUCCCAGGCCGGGUAGUGGCCCAGCUCAAGAGGGCUGGCAGCAGGCGCUAUGGCAAGAAAUGGCCGAGGCCAUCUCGAAGGGCGAGGAGCAGGUGGUCAUGGUUUUCUCAAGACCCGGAUGCCCUUGGUGCGAAAGGCUUCAUCCAGUUUUGCAGAACGCCAUCAAGCGCCGCGCCGACUCCCUGGCGGCCGCCUCCAACGCCACGGAGGACCAGGCGCCGCUGCUGCGCGCGCCGCUGCGGGUCUUCAUCUACGACGCCACGGAGUUUGGUCCAAUCAUGCGCCGAUUCGGAGUGGAAGGCUUCCCAACGAUGUUUUUUUUUGGUCCUCCAGGAAGCAGGCCAGUGGUUGUCCCAGGCUAUCUGGGCGACAAGGACUUUGACACCAUGGCCACCCAAGCGGCGACGACGAUGCCUGAACCGCCGAAGGAAAGAAGGGAGCGCAAGGGCUUCUUCCGCUGAGGCGAUUUCAAUGGCUCGUCAAUUGCCCAAAGGGUUGCCUGUCUGACGUGUCACCGCGGUAGCCACGGUGCGGUAGAAUUGCCGGAAACAGAAUGGCAGGGCUCACGCAGCAAAAACUGCAAGGUGAGGACAAUCCUAGAUGGAGACACGACCAGAAAAAAAAA